AUGAAAGACACUCGAAAUCGUUAUGAUUUAACUAAAACUAUUAAUAGACAUAACACUGUCAUUAGUUUAAGAGAUCUGAAUCUUGAUGGACUUGUCACAGGUGAUAAAAUGACAUUAACCAAUCAAGAUGAUAGUGAUAAGAUGGUCAUUUUGGUCAUUGGAGAGACACCCUCAUUGAAUCUUUUGGCAUGGAGAUUGAGUGUCGAGGAUACGUUUGUCAUCCUUAUCUCAAGCUAUGUUUCUAAGGAUGGAUUUAUUAUCUGGUGCGAUGAAGAAAAUAUUGGUUACAAAUACACACCAGAUAGCUAUUUCGAAUCAAUUAACGAUUUUAUUAGUCAUCAUAGUAUCGAAGAUUCAAACUCUAGGGUGACUAUAGAUAUAUUGAUCGUGUCAGGAAUGUCUCCUCCUUUGCUUCAAAGAAACGUCAGUAAAUUGAAACCGUUUAUCACCAAGAAAACCACAGUGUUAGUAUCAUCAGAUUUCGGUUGUGAAUUAGAACCUGUCGUAAUUAAUAUAUUUGAAGGAACUGUAAAGUUCGUUUACUCUAUAUUAACUGAUAUAAAAUUUAAAAGUUUUGCAAAGGGUAUGAUUACCUUAUUGAAUGUUGGUGCUUAUGAUAUAUAUAUAGGACUUUCUUACCAAAAGAAUAAUUACAAUGAAAAUAAGCUAGUUACAAGAAAUGUUAUUGAAGGACUGACUGAAUUAGAAUUCAUUGAUAAUGAACCUGUCUUUGAAAGCAUGGUUUCAAAGCUGAGAAAAACAGACUGGUUGACAGUUGACAUUAUAUCUGAUUGUCAAUCGAUGGCCAAUAUCGUUUGGGAUACAAUAAUACCAAAAAUUGCAUUAACAGUAUUAUCUUGUGUAUUUAAACAGUAUGAUAUUACAAAUGUGCUACAGAAUCCUUCAAUCGAGGGUAUAUACAAUGAUUUAGUCAAAGAAUUGUCUUUAAUACGCCUAUUCUCAUUAAACAAAUGCAAAACAUCUGGGUCAUCCAGGUUUGCAUCUCCAUCACCAACACCGAUCCCAAAGAGCGAGACUCUAUAUCAGAACUUUAUCGAAAACGAAAUGAAAUACAACCGCAACGACCCCAAUUACACAUGGUUACCAUUUGAAGCAUAUUGUUUCUAUCACAGAAUAGAUUACCCAUCACAGUUGCUUCUACAACAACCACUGGACUUAGCUAGACGUCAUAAUAUUCAGUGUCCAAACCUAAAUUACCUACAUGAGCUAUAUUCGAGAAUAAUUUCCUUUCAGAAAAGUGAUACAAAUAGAAGAAAGCCCGGAUAUCAGAGUCAGUCACCAGCAUCUGCUAUAGAGACAAAUAUUAAUAGAUGCUCAUUAGAUGUCAUUGAAGAAGAGUCCGAAAGCAUACACCAAAUAGAAUUCAUGGAAUUAAAUUCAAAUAGUGCAUCAACAAAUGGGGAGUCUAUGGAUUCCGAUCUAGAGCAACUAAUUAUUGAACACCAUCUCUCAGGAAUUAAUCCAAUACAAUCCAAACGGAAACUCUGGACAAAGGUAAAGAGAAGGAAACCUAUCAUUAAAUAUCCUUCGACAUUAAGAGAUUCAAUUCAUUUCGUUGGAAGUGAAUUAGAAUAUCUUCAAUCACAGCUCAUAAAAGAAACUCCUCCUUCUGUAAAAAAAUAUUCGAAUAAUAAAACUAGAAAUUUUGAAUGUAGUUCUCCACAAGCAAAAACUCCGUAUCAUAACCAUUUUGAAUGCAAACUUCGGGAUAACCUAGACAGCAUUACAAAGGAAUAUAAACAGAUCUUGGAAAGAAUAUACCUAUUGAACGAUGGGAGAAACUUUAUGGACACAAAUGCAACGAAACAACAAUUUGUCACGCUAGAACUCGAUCUUUGGAAGUUAAAGUAUCAAUGCACCUCAUACAGAGAGCAGAUAUUCAAUCCUAUAUCACCACAACUUGAAGAGGAUUAUAUUCUCCCCCAGGUACUCUCUGAUGACCGCUUCCAAAUUAGAGAGUCUCUUAAUUUCACGACCGAUAGGUAUGCAGAUAAUGAUUGUUUGGUGACAUUUUAUGAAAAACUAGACAGUGCUAAACCGCACACCAAAUAA